UGUGGGUUGCUCAGGGAAGGGCUUGAGUUUGUGUUUCUGCACCGGCCCCUUGCUGAGGCACACAGUCUGCCUUCCUUUCCAUCAGAGCAAUGCCAACCCACCGGCUUGUCAUUGUGCGGCAUGGUGAGAGCACCUGGAACCAGGAGAACCGUUUCUGUGGCUGGUUUGAUGCCGAGCUGAGCGAGAAGGGGAAGGAAGAAGCCAAGCGUGGGGCCCAGGCGCUCAAGGAUGCGGGCUACGAGUUCGACAUCUGCUACACUUCGGUGUUGAAGCGAGCCAUCUACACCCUCUGGUCCAUUCUGGAAGGCACUGACCAGAUGUGGCUGCCCGUGGUGCGCACCUGGCGCCUGAACGAGCGCCACUACGGGGGACUGACAGGCCUCAACAAGGCUGAGACGGCGGCCAAGCAUGGGGAGGAGCAGGUCAAAAUCUGGAGGCGCUCUUUUGACAUCCCGCCACCUCCAAUGGAUGAAAAGCACCCUUACUAUCAAGUCAUCAGCAAGGAACGGCGCUAUGCUGGACUGAAGCCUGGGGAUCUGCCGGCAUGCGAGAGCCUCAAGGACACCAUUGCCCGUGCCCUCCCCUUCUGGAAUGAUGAAAUUGCACCCCAGAUCAAAGCUGGCAAGAGGGUACUUAUUGCUGCCCAUGGUAACAGCCUCCGGGGGAUUGUCAAGCACCUGGAAGGAAUGUCUGACGCAGCCAUCAUGGAACUCAACCUCCCAACUGGAAUUCCCAUUGUGUAUGAAUUGGAUGAUCAUCUGAAACCUACAAAGCCCAUGCAGUUCCUGGGUGAUGAAGAAACUGUGCGGAAGGCCAUGGAAGCAGUGGCAGCCCAGGGCAAGGUCAAAAAAUGAGAGGAGAAGGGAAGAGGCACUGGUGAAAUAAACUUUUGAAAAACCCC